AUGUCGUAUGCACUAUCAGUUGAAAUUUUCGGAGCCGGUUUAACCCCAGAAGAGCCAUCUCACUGGGGAUUGGUUAUUAACAUACCACCAAGCCAAAUUGGCGACCUCCUCCAUGUGCGAACUCUCGACCCAAUGAGGGGCUUUUUCCAAUUCGAACCACGAUUCGGCACAAAGCUCGUUACCCAGCAAGCAUACGGACUUUGUGCGCUGUCGAGGCUCAGCGAUCAACAACGACGGCAAGCCGCGCAGAUCAUUACCGCUGAAAAAGCACCGACCGAUGGCAAACGAAAUUGCCAGGACUGGAUAUUCAGCGCAUUGCUCUCGCUUGAGAUCGAGGAACUCGUGCCUGCUGGGACAUCUGGAUUUUGGAAGGUGAUGAUUGGAAAGCCAGCAGAAUACAUCAAAACCGCCAUGGGGGCAAACUGGGUAGAUUUGAGAUCGCUCUGA